AUGAAGCUUGACAGCAUUAUUCAGACCUUCUGGGUCCUUCCCACAUUUGUUUUAUUCGCCACCGCGCAUUCAUGGGUGGAACAACUCACUGUAAUCGCGGCAAAUGGAACAUUUACCGGCACGCCAGGCUACGCUCGGGGGAACUGGCUUCGCACGGCACCCGGAUUCAAUGAUACGACCAUGACCUACUUGAUUCCACCCGAUGGUUCCGCAAAUGUGACCCUGGUUCUCCCCACCGACAAGCUGUGCAAGAACACCCAGCAGACCCAAACUCAGAGCGACGGUAGCCCUCGACUGAAAGCCAGCGCUGGCGCGGCAAUUGCACUCCGCUACCAAGAGAACGGCCAUGUUACUCUUCCUUGGAACCAACCUGGGAAGCCCAAAAACCGAGGCACCGUUUACGUCUACGGAACGACGGAGCCCAAGGUUGGAGAAACCCUCCUUGAUGUUCACGGUGCUUGGACCGCAGAUGGCACUGGGGGCGACAAGCGAGGCGUUCUUCUGUCAACGCAGAAUUUCGACGACGGCCGCUGCUAUCAGAUCAACACUGGGAAUAUCUCAGAGGCUCGUCAGACAGAAUACCCGCACCAGGCCAAUUCGCUGAUGGGAGCCGAUCUCUGGUGUCAACAAGAUGUUCAAUUGCCAGCCACUGCCCCAUCGGGGAAAUUGUACACGCUCUACUGGGUGUGGGACUGGCCCACCGCGCCAGGUGUCGAUCCAACAUACCCACAGGGCAAGAAAGAGAUCUACACCACUUGCAUGGACAUAGAUGUCACUGGUACAACCACAAGCCAUUCACAAGAGCAGGAUAGCUAUGCCACUGAUCAGAAUCUCGACAGUGCAGCCAUUCCGUCGGAAUUUGCCGAUCUGGAUGAGGAUGGGUCUGCCAAGGCAACCCAAUCGCCGUUAGAGUCGUCAUCAUCGUCAUCAUCAGCCGCAUCUUCAGAGUCAUCUGCAACUGCUACAACAAUCUGGCAGACCUUCACUUCCACGAUUCCUACAGUCACCGAGACUGCCUGGCGAACAAUGGAGAAGACUGUGACCGUUCGAGAGUGCCAGGCGACGGGGGCUACGAGCGCGGGACAAUAG